AAGAAUGGCACAAUACAACAUUUUUUGGAUGCAGUGUGUGAUAAACUUCACCGUGGGGCAAAGACUUUGUUCUGCUCAUGACUAAGCUAACUGUAGGCUAAAUCAAUAUUUGGAAGCAUCAGUGUACAAAGUGUACUCUACAACACUGCCGUCCUGCACGUACCAAAAUAUAUCUACACAACUUCUCGCAGAAGUUGUUAGGAACAAAACUGUGUAUAGGUUGUAAACCUGUUCAUUAAACUUGCAGAAAGCGGAAUUCUAUUUUGUUUUUAGUGUAACAGAAAAUAGCUUUCAUCUCUUGUUGUUCAAAAGCAACAAGCAGGUGAUACAACAUGACUUUAUUUGGACUGCUGUUUUUUGUUCUGGUUUUAUCCUUCGUGUUUACUGUCUAUAGCGGGCCGACAGGAGUCCACCUGCGCAACAUGGAGAGUUUUAUCCAAGCCGUGCGGCAGGUGGAAGACUCCAACCCUGAUCUGUCUCCCCUGGCUCUGGUCCGGGCCCUGCGGAAGACUGCCGGCCAUGACGAUGAGAUGACCAUUCAUUUCCUGGGGGCCUCAUAUAGCAUUGCUUACGCUGAGGUCCUAGAAACAGCCAUUCUUAAUGCCUCAUCUUUUAGCUUCUUUGACAAGGCCAUCCACCACAUUGUGACAGAUUACGGAGAGGAACGAGGGGUGGUCCUCGCUCCAGAUGGCACCACUGUUGCCCUUGCACCCUUACUGCUAGGGAUCGAAACAGGUCUUAAAGCAAAGGUGGAAGGGACACCACCAGUUGGGAUGUUCCCUCUCACUUUGGGUCGAAGGCUGGGCUUGACCUUCCUCAGCCUCCAGGACUUCCCGCCCUCUUUUCGCCUGGGUCCCAACGGGUGCUGGGACAGCGUUGAGCGCCCUAAGUUGUUCAAGCUGUCUCGGCCUGCAACACUGGCCACUGAUGCAGUUAUUAAUGGGGGCAUGGAUGGCACUAUACUGGGCAUGGACUACAGCAACCUCCCUGCAUCUGAAGAGCCAAAGGCCCUCAGCGAGGUUCUGAAAGGAUACUACAGUUUUGUCCUGCAUGAGGGGCAGGGUCUUGAUAAUAUCACCAGCCAUGUCAGCCCGAGGCGAAGGGAGAUCUCUAAAUCCAUUUUGGAGCCUCUUGAUCUUUACAGCCAGGUGAUGGAGACACUAGCAUUAGUUUGGAAGUUGGAGAAGACAGAGUGGAUUGCUCUAGACACUGGAGUGGGGAAAGCAGUGAAGGAUGGAUUACAGGAAUUUGUUCACAAGUUCUGGGACUGCCCUCAAAUCAUCCCACGUUGUCAAUGGGGGGCAAACGCCUACCAGAGUACACCUAUCCCACUGUCUCUGCCUGUCCAAUUUCUCUAUGUUCACCACACCUAUGAGCCAUCCUCACCUUGUCUAUCCUUCCCAAAGUGCUCUCGCAACAUGAGAGCCAUGCAGCGUUUCCACCAGGAGGAUCGUGGUUGGAACGACAUAGGAUACAGCUUUGUGGUUGGCUCAGACGGCUAUGUCUAUGAAGGCCGAGGUUGGAACCACCUCGGCAGACACACCAGGGGACACAACGCCAUCGGGUACGGUGUAUCAAUCAUUGGUAACUACACUGCUGCCCUGCCUUCCCGCCAUGCCAUGGACCUGCUGCGCCAUCGACUGGUCCAAUGUGCAGUAAAUGGAGGAGGACUGGCUGCCAACUUCACCAUCCAGGGCCACAGACAGGUGGUGAACUACACCUCCUGCCCUGGAGACGCCUUAUUUUCAGAAAUAAGAAGCUGGGAACACUUCAAGGAAUGACAGUCUGAGAUUCUUAAACAUCUUUUAUGGCUCUUCAUGGUAUGAUAGCUACCACUGCCAGCUGCUUAUUUUUCCUAAUUUUUCAAAUAGUUCCACUAUUUGAGUUAAUCCUCCAGAAUCUGGAUAGUAUAUAAUUUAAACUUUAUAAACAUGUGAAAUUAAAAGCACUAAAAUCCUCUCACCUUAAUGUCAAGUGUCUUUCUCCUGAAACGACUCUGAGGGUGACCUCUGACCCCCAGUUCUGAACUCCCAGUACUUUAACAGCGCCCUUUCAAGAAAAAGAUCUAAAUAAUGUGAUAACCAAGACUGUUCUCACCUAAAUGUUGCUUUACAUUGUGGCCUACUAGAUAUGAGUGGUUAUCCUGACAUGCUGGAGUUGUAUAGGUUCAAUACUGAAAAUCAUUAAAGCACCUUCAUUUUUUUUCUGAUGA